CCGCACCGGCCUUCCGCCCCCCCCCGUCUGCCCGUUGUCCUUCCCCUUCCUGGUUCCUCCUGCCUGAGCUGCUUUGCCGCCGACAGAGGGACACCUGAAUAUACACACCGUAGUAGCCGUUGAGUUCAGAGACGGUAGGUAGGAAAUAGAGAGGAAGAGGAGGUCUGAACUCUGAAGGAGCAGCAGAGCUUAGCGUGAUGGUGCUCUACUUCAAGGCGCGGCCGGACGCCGGCGACUACACCAUCUACAUGGGCGCCGACAAGUACGAGAACGAGGAGCUCAUCAAGUACGGCCUCCCCGAGGACGUUUGGUUCCAUGUGGACAAGGUAUCCUCGGCGCACGUCUAUUUGAGGCUCAAGAAAGGCGAGACGAUAGACACCAUCAGCGAGGGCCUAUUGGAGGACUGCGCGCAGCUCGUAAAGGCUCAUUCCAUCCAGGGGAACAAGAUGAACAACGUUGAGGUGGUCUACACGCCCUGGUCUAAUCUCAAGAAGGCCCCAUCCAUGGAUGUCGGCCAAGUUGGCUUCCACAACCCACGGAUGGUCCGUGUGCUGACAGUCGAGAAGCGUGUCAACGAGAUCAUCAACAGGUUGAAUAAGACCCGGGUAGAACGCCGACCAGACCUGAAAGCCGAGAAAGAGGCAUCAAACGCGGCGGAGAAGGCCGAGAGGAAGAUGCAACUGAAAGAGAAGAAGCGGAAGGAGGAGAUGGAGAGGCUGGAGAAGGAGAAGUGGGCGGAGCUACGGAGCUACAAGGGCCUCAUGGUCGCCGAGAAGAUGACGUCCAACCGCCAGAUCGCCUCCGCCGGCAGGUCCAUGCAGGAGAUGGAGGACGAGUUCGUCUGAAGAUUACUGGUGGCGUCUCUCCGCGUGUGUUACGUGUAGCGAUUGUGUGUGUGUGUGUGUCCAUGUUCGCCUGAUCUCGAUGAGUUAGUUACCUAAUGAUCGAAUAAUCAUUCGAUCAAUUCCUGAUAUAUAUCUGUACAUAUGCUGCUAGCAUGGACAUAAAACUACGAGAAAAGAAUAGGCGGCGUUGUUAUACGAUGGAA